CUCCGGCGCGUCUCUGCCAGGCGCACAAACCCGGGAAGGAAUGAGCGACAGGAGCGCAUCCGGAGGCUGCUGGGGGUGAGUCGUCGGGGCGCUGCAGCAAGGCGCGGUGGGGUGGGGUGGAGGGCGCCCCAAGGGCUGCUUCACGCCAAAUGGCAGGAGAGGCGAGUGUGGGAUUAAAGGGGGGGUUGGCGCAGGUGGGGAAGGCGAAAGAAGGGGGCGCGGGGCCGAAGGCAGGUGGCAGAGAGAGACAUGCAGAGAGAGAAACGCAAAAAGUUUGGCUACUGUGCACCGCUCCAGACCUUGGAGUCCAAUUCGCAAAAAAACCCAAAAAAAACAAAACAAAAACCGCCCAACUUUUAAUAGCGAUGCCUCGGAGUUAGACCACGGUUGGACGUGGGCUGCAGCUGAGAUGCAUGAAGACAGCAGCUACGCACACAUACGCGCACAAAAGGUGGUUUGGGAAGAGCUACUAAGAGGGAGAAGGGAAACAAGCCCCGCUUUGUUCCGGCGCGCCAAAAGAGCGAAGCAGGCCGUUUGGGGCUUUCCGUUUGCCAGAAGACAAGAGAGAGGCGAGCUUGAGAUUUUCCUGGAACUUUUCGGCGGGUGGGGUGGGCAAACGAAUUAAGAGGAAGGGAUGCUAUCUGCAGCAGCAGCAGCAACAACAACGCAAAGAGGCUUUGGCCAGGGCUCCGCGAGUGGCAGAAAGCGUGAAGGGGCUGGGAGAGUUGCGGCUGCUGCUGUAGCAGCUGCUGCUUCGCGAGGAGGACGUCCAGCAGGCUGCCCGGUCGCCCCCUUGCCACUCAGAGGCCAGUGCCUGGGAGGCGGGGCGAAGCAGAGGCCGUCGCGAGAGUCCUCUGCCGCGCCUGCUCCUUCGGCAGCCUCGGCGGAGCUCGCUCCGUCGUUUCUCUCCUCCUCCUCUGCAAUCCCACAUGUCUCCCACCGGUGGCCUCCUGCGCCCGGAUCGGCACCCUCCGCUCGCCGUUGUGAGUUUGGAUUCUGGGUCGCUUCUCCCAUCUUCUUUGUAGGCUGCCUUGGGAUGAGCUCUGGGUUGAUCAGUAUCUGCGACGGUGUUUCGUUUGUUAGUUUGUUUGGUGCUUUUUUGCUUUGUUUUGGCAGCAUAUAUAUUCCCUCUCCGCCAAACAAGCCGGCGAAGUUUCGUGAGAAAGCCCCACUUGCAAGUCUCCCCUGUUUGCAAUAUAUACAAGGUUUGCUGCGUGCGCGUACGCUCGCGCGCGCUUGGACCCAUAGCUGUCUAAGCCUGAAACGUUAAACCAAGGCGAUCGGCGUCCCCGGAAAGGUCAAGGGCAGUCCCCGUCUUUUUCACCUAUUUGGAAAGAAUCCUAAAAAUAUACCGUUGCCAGCAGUUUGUGCUUACUCCGCGAGGUGGCGGCUGGGUCAGGGCAGAGAGGGCGGCCAAGGGACCCGCGACUGCAAUUCUCAGGUUUGCGUUCCAGAGGACUUCAGGCGCGGGACCCGAAGGUAAAAAGUUGCGUCUUCCAAAUUCUUUUCCCACCUCCAAUUUCAGACCCUUUUGGACGCCAGCACGGGCUUGACCUCAGCAUUUGCUGAGGUUUCGAAACCCUGAACGUUUUGCACAAGUAAGGGAGGGGGGAAGGAUUCCAUUCUCGUGCUUGCAAAGAUAAUAUUUGGCUUGUUCUCUUUCGUCCCUCCCCCUCCUACUGGGUUGCUAAGUGGCGCUCAGGGGGGAAAAGAUGCAGGCAGGCACACACGCACUCCAGACCGCUGUGCUCUCAGAACUUGCAACCAGGCACAGUUGCUGCCAGGAAUGUCUCUCUCUGUGUGUUCAUAGUUAGAAUUCUCCUCUUCGAGGAAGCAUGAACCUGCAGAGGGUGUCAUGUCUGUAAGAUUGCAACUGGCAACUUGGAGUGGAUCUGGCCUCCACAAUGGGAAUGGCUUGGAACAGAGGGCCAUUAAGGUAGGGAAAGGGAAUGCCUUUCUUAGCCCUCUUCCUUCUGGCUAAACUUUAGGAAAAACUUUCUGGUGGAAAGAGCUAUUGGACUGUGGAACUGACUUCCUCCGAAGGUGGUGGACUCUCAUUCAUUGGAGGUUUUGAACAGAGCUUGGGUGGCUGUGAUUUCUGCAAUGCAGCGACUGAACUAGAUGACCCUUAGUUUCCUUCCAACCCUUCUAUGGUUCUGUGACUCCUAGAGCCACUGUUGGGUGCAGGUGUUAGAAACUCAGGUUCAGAUCCCUGCUCAGUUGUAAAACUCUGGAGAUGAUGGAGAAUUUGUCAAUUUAAUUAGUUGAAAGAUUAACUUUUUGUGGGACCAGCUUCCGUUUACUGUCCAGAUCAAAAGUUAGUUUAUUGUACUGGCCAACUUGUAUAGUUAAUUUGGCAGGUAUCUGAAGUUGUCAUGUGGCAUGUGAUGGAUAGUGUAGCAGUAAUUAUAUAACAAAUAUGAUGUAUGCUGUUUAUGAGAAGGUAUAAAAGCUGUGUAAAACCUGUGGUCAUUACAGUACCUUUCACUUAUGGGACUGUCCUUUACUGCAGUAAAGUUAAUAAAGAAGGGUAUCAUCUUGCUUAAAUAUAGGUUGUGUUUUUAUUCAAUAAAUUCCCUACCUGGGGAUGAACAGUAUUGCCCAUGAGUAAAUGUCACAGCAAGAUAGAAUCCCAUACAAGUUUUGCAAAAGUAUCUGUAGAGUUCAUUGGUUUCCAGUAUUUUGAGUAUAUGACGGCAGUAUUAGGAUUGCCAACUGUUUAAAAGGCAAAGGGCUCAUUUAAAAGUUGCACAGCACAUAGAAAUUCAUGAGGUGAAGCUUUCCCCAUCACUUCAUCUUUGUACCAGGAAAAGUUUCACCUGCUUAGUUUCUGCCUUUCAGGAAGCUCUUAAUGACAUGAGGAAUCCUGCAAAAGUGAAAGUGAUCAACCUUAUAAGGUGCUUCCAACUGGUUUUUACAUCAUGCAUCCCACUAUAUUCUUUUAGCUGGAACUGAGGCCUUUUAGGAAGUUUUGAUAUUUGGUUCCAAAUUAGCAAAAAGCUGCUUUUAUAAAAUCAAAGCUGAGUCAGUGGAAUUCCAACAAAGUGUAUAAAAUGUAUAAUUCAGAAAAAGAUGGUAUAUCAAUCUCUGGAAUAGAUAAACUUUAUUUUGUGAAAGCAUAAUGUAAAAUACAGCGGUGGAUAGCUUCUGUUUUGAUAAUGUUGGUUUCUCAUAGAACCAUGCCAACAGCUGGGAAGAGAAACUCAAGUAUGUAAUGAGGACAUGAUUUCCUUACUUCGGCAGCAGAUCAUUGGCAGGGUUGAGUCUAGUAGGUCAGGCGGGGAGGAUGAAGGCAGGCAGUGAGAGAAGCCAGGAAGAGCAGAGGCAUGCAGGUUUAGGCUGAGGAAGCAGAAGAGCCUGUACGGCAGUAAUCCUAGUUGCUGCACCAUCAUACCCUAACUGCAAGUGGAAGUCCAUAGGGCACAAUAGACAUCUGUAGGUGGAUUUAAAUAACUACGUAGCAUCAAGCUGGAGUUUCAGGACCUUGGAUAGCUCUAAUCAGACAACUUGUUUUACCAAGGUCUGGAGCUCAAAUGAAAAAUGUAUCAGUCUUUAGACACCCUAUCCUUUCCAUGCUCUGCACCAUUCUUGAAGAGUAGAGUGCCUUAAAGUGGUAGUUCUCUGGCCUAGAACCCUGUUGCCUAUCAGUCAUCUCAUGUCUUCUGCAUUGCCUGGAUUGUGGAGCAAGGACUGGGAAGUGUGAAGUCCCUGGUGUAAAGGGAAUCUGUCUCCAGGGGUGCUGACUUGCUAUCUCUGGGGGUUCCAGUUUAGGGAGCUCUGGCUGACUUGGCACUGGGGUUGGUUCAAGACUUGUACAGCUUACAUUGCUGGCCUUCAUGGUGUAGCUGGUUCCACUUCUGUUUUACAGCACUACCUACUGCUCAGGGUCAGGGUAUGCUCAAGCAAAGUCCUGGCCUUAUGAAUUUACACUAUACAGUGGGGGAUAUUGCUUCCAAACUGUUCAACCCUUUGGCAGUAACAACCUUGGUUGGCUCCUUGAGAUUGUACAGAGAUUGUGAAGCCAGAGGCCCUGGGUUCAUGUAUUUAACUUGCCUAUUUGACCAACUAAUAUAUCUGAUGUGUGGUUCAAUCAAGAAAGUACUGCAGCUGUGCUACACACAGACUCAAAUAACAACUUUAAGGUGUCUUUGGAUGUUACAGGGAAAAGAGCAGGGAAGGGGAAAUGAAAAUGACUCAUUCUUCCAAAGGUAUCCAUCAAAAGUGGAGAUUGUGCAUCUUCUCCCAUAGUGAUGUGAGGGCAUAGUUCAUAUAAAUGACUGGUUACCAUACAAUCUCCUGUUGGGAAGAUUAAAUUUGGGGUGAUGGUCAAAUCAUAUAAAUGGGGGUGUAUAUCCCUUCUUCUAAAGAGUCCAGGAUUGUGGGGGAAGAUGUAUUUCCUAUACUCUCUCCUUGCCCCCCCCCCACUCAGAAAAGGAGGGAGAAAGCAGUCCGAGCUGAUUCCAGGAUUGGGGGUGGGUCACCUUUACUAACCCCCCUUCACUUGAAAGCAUAGAAAACAACAAUUCUCUCAUGCCACUUCUAAUUUUUUGGGGUGCUCCAUGCAGUUUGACAAUGCUGUGCUGUUGGAGAAGUUUCAGGUGUUUAUUGGAACCUGGACCUCACCACCUUUGAGAAACAGUUCUGGGCCAUGGUGCACACACUACUCCUAAAUGCAGUUUGUGGGUAGCAAAUAGGAUUCAUUCAUAACCUCUUACUCAGUGCUUGAUAAUUCUGGCAUAGCAGAGAGCAGGACCAGAUUUGAGAAAUCCCAGAUCUCCUCCCAUGGUCAUAGCCUCAGCCAUGUACAGUAUGUAAAUGUGGGAAAUAACAGUGAGAAAUAGGGGAGGCAUGUGGUAAAUGGAAGUGGGAAGUGAGCACCCUUCCUUCACUCCACUCUUAGCUAGUUAUGAAUAAAUGUUAGCCCCACCUAGUCUGGGACCUUCUGCAGAUGAUUAGGAGUAUUUAGAGCCAACCUUGAAGUUACUGGGUCAGCUCCUGAUGUUGCUUUGUUUUCCUUUUUCAGUAAGUGCAGACGUCUGUGUAAGUGCGAAGCCAUCAUGGUGGCAUUUAAAGGCAUCUGGACUCAGCCUUUCUGGAAAGCUGUUUCUGCAGAAUUUUUGGCCAUGCUCAUCUUUGUCCUCCUCAGCCUUGGCUCUACAAUCAACUGGGGUGGAACCGAAAACCCUCUGCCUGUCGACAUGGUCCUCAUUUCUCUCUGCUUUGGACUCAGCAUUGCAACAAUGGUGCAGUGCAUUGGACACAUCAGUGGUGGCCAUAUUAACCCUGCUGUGACUGUUGCAAUGGUCUGCACUCGGAAGAUCAGCCUUGCCAAGUCAGUCUUCUAUAUUGCAGCCCAAUGCCUGGGUGCCAUCGCAGGGGCGGGAAUUCUCUACCUUGUCACCCCCCAGCGUGUGGUGGGCGGCUUGGGAAUUACCAAGGUAGGGUAGAGGACUUGGGAGUUCCCUAUUCUUAUGAAACAUAAUAAAAUGGAACCUGAACCAUACAGCACGUUUCCAAUUUAAAUUCAGGAAGAUGCAUAUUUUUGCUCACUGUUGAUUUCCCUACAGAUUAUAGGUGGGUAGAUAAUAUGUAUUAGCUGUGGUCAAGUACUAGGUAUGGUGGAACAGUUAUCUAUCGAGCAUUAGAAUGAUGCAAUGUGGAGUCUAACGUAUCAGUUAUUGUGACUGAGAGAACACGAUGCAUUAAUUAAACUUUAAUCAAAGACUACAACUGAAUUUUAUUUUAUUUUUUGGCUGAUGAAGCUUCAAACAGCUAUUGCUUCAGCCAGUUUGCAAAGCAAACCAUCAUUCUUGCCAAUAUAGUUUCAACUUUGAAUUAUAUUUACACUGGCACAAAUGCUCAUUCGCAUUGAAAUGUAUCACUUCUGCUUUAUCUUGCUUCCGCCAGGCUCUUUAUAUUAACCUUAUGCAUGGAAACAUUCACACUUGAGUAUAGAUUUGUCAGAAGAGCAGCAUGGAUAUAACCUGAAAGACUAAUACCAUGUAAAUGUGCUUUAAUGUCCUUAUUUAUAUGAACAAAGGAGAAAUAUGUGGCCAAGGUUAAACAAUCUGCAAGAAGAUGUUUUGAGAGUGUGCCUUCACAUUUGGAAUGGCUUCUCGUGUGAUUCACACUGCUAUCUUUUAAUAAAAAGGGUGAUCUCUUGAUAGUCAUCCUGUGGUGGAAACUGAAAUGGAACCCAUUUCCAUGAAAGAGUUUAGCAUAUGCUUGGCAAACUGUUUUUCAAAAAUCUUGAUAGGCAGGCUGCCAAGGGCUUCAUGAAUCCAUUCAUAAGAACAGAUUCCAUGUAGCUCUCCAUAAUUAAGUGAAUGCUAAAAAUCUAUUUCAUGAGAGCAGGGUUGGUGGGGAGGCAGCUUGUGUAAGCUUUUAGUGAAGAGUAGGUGGUAUUUAUUCUUUAACUCAAAAUAACAGCGCAAUUUUAUGUAAAUGCCUUUGAUUUAUCCUACUGACAGCCUUUUCUUUACACCCAGCAAUUGUUCUCUAAUAGAUAUUUUCUUUGUAAAACUUUUAGAAAUGAUUUAAUACCAGGUACAUAGCAGCCAGGUGUGAAAUGCAAUUUUAAGAUGAAAACAUGGGAGUGUCAAAAUCUAUGUCAUUAUUAUAGUGACUGAUAACGCCAUAUAUUUAAGAUGACACACUUCUUUAUAAUAGACUGUGCCUUAAAUUCUAGUUUCAUUCUCCACUAAUAAAGAAUCCCAUCAGUUAGCCUCACUGAAGGAAAUUAAAAUGCACUUGGGCUGCAUGCUGCCUACUUUUAAUUUAAACUGAAAUUAAUUGAGUUAGAGCUAAUUAAUGGAUUUAUAAGAGAACACUAAACUACUGUCCUCCUAAGGAAAAAAGAAGCCUUUCAUUUCUUAAGUAUAUCAUGUGAACAUCUAAUGGAAAAACCAACGCUCUUUCCUUAUAUGCUCUAUAUGCAUAUAGCAGACUGCAUCUUCUGCUAGGCCAAAUCUUGUAUGUUUCUACCAUAUAUGAUAGUGACUAAACACCCAAUUCUGUGGCUUGCUGCAGCAGCGCAGAAUUGCUUGUGUCAGAACGUGAAGAACUAUGUCACUUUGACAUUUGAAAAAUGGACACCACAUUAGUACCACAGCUACACGAUGUUGCUAUCAGAGCUGCAAAAAAGCCAGACUCACAGGGAGCUAAAAUAGUGUCACUCAUGCCAGAGCACAACCUUGGUCAACCCAGAGAUCACCCAGAAUGUCCUGUAUCCAGUCCUGAAUCAAUUCAGGGAUGGGACUGUGUUUAAUUAAGGUGUUUUUAACCCCCCCCCAAAAAAAACUCUUAUUAAACUUACAGCCAAGAGUACAGAGGAAGAGGCACUGUGUAGCCUUCCCCUCAGACACACUGAGAACAAGAGAGUUAAAGUCCCCCCUCCCUGCAUACCUCCCUGCCAGGCCCUGCAGCCUAUUCUCAAGGCCCCAUUGCUAUAGCAACCUCUCAGACCUUCCUCUGCUACAAUGGCGCCCUGCUUGCUUCUCCUAUCACUGCUGGUCUCUGCAGCGGUGGUAGUAGACCUGGGCAGUCACUGUGGCAACAGGGCCUGGUGGUGAUGGGAUUUUGCAGGGCACUCCUUCACAAGAACCUUCCCUGACAGGAAGAAGCUUGUAAAGGAACUCUGCCAUUCUGCAGUACUGAAUCCUCUGUGGAGGACUAUGUGGGGUGCUGCUUUGCAAGCCCUUUCCCAACUCAACCUAGGCCCAAAUCCCCCCAAAUCAGCCCAAUUUGUCUCAGGAUUAGACCAAUUUGGUCCAGAGCCCUGUUCAGUACCACCACAUGGUCUACCCUUUAAGGAAAGACCAGAACCAUCAAUAAGCAGUGCCUCCCAGCACUAUCAUAGUCGGUGACACAAGGCUGUUAUUUCAAUGACUUUAAAUUACGGUAAUCCAUUAUUAUUAUUAUUAUUAUCAUCAUCAACAACAUUAUUUAUUGAAUUUCUUACCUAUUGUUCACCAGGGCAGCUUACAGCAAUAUAAAAAUACAACAGUAAAAUUAGUUAAAACAAUCUUCUCCCUCCUUUUCCUUUUCUUAACUUCACUACAGACACAUCCAAUUUGAAACGGCUUUAAUUAGUAGAGAGGAAAUUAUAUUUUCCUGAUGUAAGAAAAGUAGUUUACACUUUUUCUGUGCUUCCUGAAACUCCAGUGUGUUUCCUUUAUUUCUAGGUACAUGAUGACCUUUCCGCUGGCCAUGGACUAGUAGUGGAGCUGAUAAUUACGUUCCAGCUGGUCCUUACUAUUUUUGCCAGCUGUGAUUCUAAGCGAAGUGAUGUCACGGGUUCAGUGGCACUGGCAAUUGGACUUUCAGUUGCAAUCGGACACCUGUUUGCUGUAAGUUGCCGGCCUUUUCCAUGAGCUGUGCUAGGUAGCUAAUGGUAAAUGUCAUUACAAUGUUUUAUGAAUCUUACUCCAAAACCCACUGUUGGCUCAAGUAAAUUUGAUGUAAUGCCUGUAUAUCCCCAAGUACCUUUCAACUAACUUGCUCCAAAACAUUGACUCCCUGCUUUGAAAUGAUAUUAUUGUAUAUGUGAAAUAGGAAUAAUCUUCGUUUGUCUCACAGGAGACACCGAUAAGGUGUGGUAGAAAUAUUCCUGAAACAAACAUAUAAAGUCAGCGUACCUAGACAUCUUGUUGGGACCCUUUCAGAUUGAUGCUUUAUUGUGGAUGCAUUCUGUGACAUGUUUGUAACAUUAAAAUAGUGGUGGAUUUAUUCUGCUUUAGUUCUGUUCUGCUUUAAUCCGUUCCGCAAUGCUUCCCCAAUGCUACCACAUUAUUGCCUUCCAGGGGACCUAUAGAGCUACAAAACCAGGACAAAAAUAAACCAGAAUGUUUUUGGUAUAAAAAGUGACAGGAUUUCAGCACGAAAUUAAGGAAUAUGCAUGGCUUGGAAAUGAAGCUCAGUGCAAUAGCACAGUUGGGUUAGAACAGGGGUUGUCAACCUGGUCCCUACCGCCACUCGUGGGCGUUUCAGGUUUCUAGGUGGGCGGUAGGGGGUUUUACAGCAGAAGCUGAAUCCUCCUCCCAUUGAGCACUGGUGGGUGGUAAGGAAAUUUUACCAUCAAGAAAGAUGCAUUAGUGGGCGGUAGGUAUAAAAAAGUUGACUACCCCUGGGUUAGAGUGUGGUGCUGAUAAUGCCAGGGUUGCAGGUUUGAUCCCCAUAUGGGACAGCUGCAUAUUCCUGCAUCACAAGUGGCUGGACUACAUAGUCAUAGAUAGUCCUUUCCAAAUCUACAAUGCUAUGAUUCUAUGACCACCCCAAAACCUUUUCAGGAACAAAAAGUAUGGAAAACAAGGUCAUUUGUGACCAACUCAAUAACAUCAAGAGCACAAAUGACCAUGAAUGUGCAAUUAAAAGGGCAUUUGGAGGGACCCUAGGUUGCUUAUAGAAUUUUUUAAUUUCUUGAUAACAAAUGACUAACACAUUUAGUAAAUAAUUAAAUAGUAAAUAAUCAAAUAACAGUGUGUACAUAUAGGUGUUUGGUAGGCAUAAUUGUGUGACACCCACACUGUGCACAUUUGUUCUACAUUUUGAAAAGUGUUAUAUAAAUCUAGGCCCACCGGCACAUUUUGUUUUUUGAGUGAGUGCCAUGCGUACUCCUCCAGUCACUUCUACCCACCCCAGAUUACCCUCCCCCACUAUGCUGAGAGAAAGAGGGCAAGGAUGCACACACAUACUUCUCUUUUCCAAGAGAUCUGGGUAAAAGUUAGAUCCGGCAGAAUUAAUCUGAGCUUUGAAAAGCACAUAGAGAUGAAGAAGAAAGUUGGAAAGAGUGUCCAUAUUCCAUGAAGUAUGAAUAGUCCAGAGGGAUGCUCACAGUCCUGGAAAGCAUCUCCUAACAGUCCUGUAUCCUGGUUCCCAUUGCUGUCUCUGGCUCCUCACUUCUGGACUGGCAUGAAUUUUGAGGAUAGACAUCAGCAACUGGAGGUCCAUGGGCUAGAACUGGCCCACUGAGAAAUGUUUCCUAUCCCCAUUAGCUGCCAACCAGGUGGGGGAAAGAAUGCAGAGAAAGUGGCAAUAGUGACUUGGGCAAUAGAUCUAGAGCAAUGCCAGUCAUAAGCUGGUUCCAUCACAAGAUCAUUAAAACAUGUGGAUGUCUGAUGGUUGUAUAAUAAUGAUUAACAGUCUUCCUUUUAAAUAUCUUGCAGAUUAACUACACAGGCGCCAGCAUGAACCCUGCUAGGUCAUUUGGACCUGCAGUUAUCAUGGGGAAAUGGGAAAACCACUGGGUAAGUGAAUAUACCUGGAUACUUCUCAUUCACUCAUGCAUGAUUUAGCAAUGGCCACCAACCUGCUGGUUUAGGAUUAGACAAAUUUGUGGAGGACAAGGCUCAUCUAUGGCUUCCUCCACCAUCAAUAGCAGUAUUAUUACCAUCAUGUAUUUUAUUUAUUUCAAAAAAAUUAUAUACUACCUGAUUGUAAAAAAAAAAAACAACCCACAUGUUCCAAGAUGAGUCAAAGUGAGACAUUACCUAUAUUAAGUUUGAUUCUGUAUUGAAACAGAAUCAAUGCAAUCUAUAAGAACUUGUACUUAAACAGGAUGCUCCUACAAAUGUCAGUUGUCUCCUGUAACUAACUGAUCUAAUUAGAUAGAUUUCAGAAGGUUCUGCUGGAAUGCCAUCAUAGAACCUUAGCUGUGUCUUCAUGAGUGUAUGUUUCUAGGCUUGCUUUCAAUUGCUCACCAGAUUUCCUUUCUUAGUGUUAGGAAACUGCUGAGAUAUGCUGGCAACAUAAGUGCCAGUUGAAAUAAAUUAAAAAAUUGUCCAGUAGCACCUUAGAGAUCAACUAAGUUUAUUCUGGGUAUAAGCUUUCAUGUGCAUGCUUAUACCCAGAACAAACUUAGUUGGUCUCUAAGGUGCCACUGGACAAUAUUUUAAUUUAUUUCAACUGCGUCAGACCAACAUGGCUACCUACCUGAAUCUAAGUACCAGUUGUUUGACUUCAGGUGUUUGUAUUGUUGUGAGUUUGGGGGGUGGGUAGGCUGUAUGCCUGAGUCACUUCCAACAAAGAUCCACUUUCUUGAAUAGCCAGACAAGUUUAUUGGUAAUCACCCACUAAGUAUGGGUUGUUAAGGUAACAAAGGAAGUGGCUCCAUAGCAGAGAGUAGAUGGAUGGGCCUCACUACCUCAACUGUUAGUUAGUUAGAAAGACAAAGGCCUGAGUUGAGGCAUGUGAGCUAGAAGCUUGAAGCAGGAGGAAGCUGGCUGGGAAGCCUGAGAGACAGAGCCAUGCCUGAUUUCUGCUGUAAUCCAAGGCUGUGAUUAUUGGGAGAAAAAAGACCCAGUUGGGUGUUAAUGCUGUGAACCCCUCCAUCAUAGGCUAAGGUUGUAUAUAUGUGUAAAUAAACUGUAUAUCCUAAAGACACCACAGUCUCUGCUGUCCCUCAUUCCAAAGAAACCAAACCCUGGGUAAGUGCCUGGAACUGCUGGAAUCUCACACCACUCAGCGGUUGGGGUGGCGUGCAACAGUGUGUUGUAUUGAUUUAGUUUCAUCCAAAGCUAUUUUAUGCUGAUUGAUUCAUGAACAAAGGCAUUGCUGAUACAAAUGACAAAGCAUCAUCCAAUCAGAAUUCAAGAGAAUACUAGCUAUUCUUCAGUCAGCCUAAUUAAGGUUCUUGGGUGUGAGUUUAUCUUUCUGUGUCUGUAUGUGCUCCUAUGCCUAUAAAAGACGCAGCAUUCCAGGUAUUUAUAAAACAUCUGUUCAUGUGGCUUGGCUGAACACAUGUGUUCACAUACUGUGCCAGCAAAGCCUCUGAUGUGCCAUUUACACAUCCAAGCCCUGCUAAACUGGGUAGGUUGUUAAGAUUUCCUGCAGCACCAAAUACGGGAAGCACCAACUAUGCUAACCUCGGUAACAUCCAACUUCCUUAUUGGACUCUUGACAUUUCUUUGAAACGUUACUCCCAAUCUGUGCUUAAUGUAUGUUUCGUUCUCCCUGUUUUGUACAGAUAUAUUGGGUGGGACCAAUUAUAGGAGCAGUUCUUGCCGGCGCCCUUUAUGAAUAUGUCUACUGUCCUGAUGCUGAAUUCAAACAGCGGCUCAAAGAAGCGUUUACUAAAACAAGCCAGCAGUCCAAAGGAAAAUACAUAGAAGUUGAAGAUACCAGGAGCCAGGUGGAGACGGAUGAUUUGCUUCUGAAGCCUGGAAUGGUCCACGUCAUUGACCUUGAGAGGGGUGAUGAUAAGAAGGGUAGAGACCCAACCAAUGAGGUGCUAUCAUCUGUAUGACUAGCAAGGAGCACUGAAAGCAGGGAACAGUCUACUAGCAGGCCCACAGAUAGCCUUCCACCCAUAAAAGAGACAGAUUUGUUGUAAAUUAGCCACCUGCGACAUCAUAAAAUUGUAGGAAAAUGGCAGCAGUGAAUUAGCUGUUUAAUCAGACCAGACUCCCAUUCUGUUGACAUGGUAGCAGCUAACUAUGUUGAGGGAUCCUCAUAGAUUAUUCCAAAUUCAUAAAUGUCCUUUUGGUGGUAGCCAUAAGGGAAUCCUUUAAUUCCCUCUCUGCUUUCUGAGUGAAUUUUGAAAGAGGCAUUGGUUUUAACGCAAGCAGUUAUGAGCAGGAAAUAGCAAUCUUCGUCAAUCAGAUUGACAGAUGAAACUUAUCAAAAGAUGCCUAUAGACACAGAAAGAAGUGUCUAUCAGAUUGUUCUUCUGACACUUAAUUGGCUGUUGUCAAUCCUGAUUAGAAUUUUAAUGACAAAAUCUAUGGCAGGUUCAGUGAAAGCAGAGCCAACAUGCAAGAUACAACAAAUGCUUGCAAAAGCCUCAUUCCUCCCUUUCUUCUAGUCCUCCUGUUAUUUUUAAUCCUUCCAUGCUACAUUUGGGAGAAGACAUUUAAACAAAACAAAAAAAACAAAAAAGCAAGAAUUGCCAUUUGCCAUUUUAUACAUUUUAUACAUAUUCAUACAUUUUAUACUUCCACAAAAAAAGGAAGUCCUCUCCUUUUGACUCAUAAUCUUUAAAUGUCCCCCACAUUGAGUUGUCCUUCCACAAAAACGUUCUCAUGACAUACUAUUGCUGGAACUGUUGAAGACAUACAAUGAACAAAAUAAGUCCGUAUUCAUCGCCAUCUUGUAAUGUGCGCAUUCCAGCCAAAGUUAAGCCCUGUGAAUUCCAGAUACUUUUACCAGGAGGCAUUUAUACACAGCUUAAUUUUCCCAGUGACAUCAGUGGGACUUAACAGUGGUUAACUUUGGGUGGAUCAUGUCAAAUAAAAAUACACAGGUAUCAAAAAGAAGUUGAAGGCUGUUCUGUUUUCAGUGCACUUAUUCAAACAAAUAAAAUGUUACUGUGCCAAUUUUAUAUAACUGAAUGUUAAAAUUGUGUAACUAUUUUGCUCACAAUGUGAUUUUUUUUUUAAAAAAAAAAAAGCAUAACAAGCAGGCUUUUCAUAAUUAUUUAAAAUACUGCUGGGAAAUGCUUUGGUGACUGAUGCUUUGCUUUGAAUACUCUGUCGCUAAAAAUAUUUGUUUUAGAGCUGCCUCAAACACAAUGCAUUUCCUAUAUAAAAAGCUCUACAUCCAGGCAAACUGCAUGUAGAUUUCCAUGUGUGACAGUCGCAGACAUGUCUGUUCCACUGCUUGCACUCAGUGUACAUAGGCCAGAAAGCCAUUGUCAACAGAGAUGUGUGCAAUUGUUGCAUGAUCUCCAUGCAGUUAUAAUAUCAAUGAAACAGUUAAAUAGCAACUGUGAAUUUUCAAUGCAUCAAGAAGCCAGAGCAUGGAAUAGCUUGCAACUUUGUGUGAUGUUGUGCUGCUGAAUGGUGAGUUUGCAUUUUAUAAACUUCAAAUGCUUUUGGUCAAAAAGGAGUAACGUUUACACUUUCUCUGAAUGUAGCCAGAACUGAAAUUUGCUAUAGCUGAGGUUCUUUGUAUGGAACUCAUCCAUUCCUAUUAAGGUUUUCGGUGGUGAAAUGUGGCAAAUGUACAGAACCACCCUGAGAACACCUGGUCUUGUAGAAAAAGGACACUAUACUACUGGUGAAUAUUUCUAAGUGGGGAGAAGUACAUAGAUAAUCUUAUGCACAAGAAACACGACGUGAUAAAAGAAAUAUACACUUCUUCCUCCAUAGAAGAAGUAACGCCCUUCUAACAAAAUUGCCCAGUGUGAAGCAGCACCAAAUGCACUGCACAAAAAAAGAAAGAACUGAGAGUAUAGCAAAGCCAAAACAAAGAAAUCCAACUAGGGCUGUGAUCCUAAGCAAAUCAAGUUACUUCCUAAGGAGUAAGCCUUGUUGGGUUUAGUGGAACUUCUGAGUAAAAAGGCAUCAUGUUGUGCAGUAAAAUUCACCAGGUCUGCCAAAGGGAGACCAUAUGAAGAAAGAUACUAAUGCCCUGAUGAGUGCUGCUGCACUCAGAUCCCUCUUGAUGGCUUCCCAUAGGCAUCUAAACAGUCUGGUGAGAGCAGGAUGCUGGACCACAUGGGUCAUUGGCCUGAUCCAGCAGACUCUUCUUUUGUUCUUAGAAAAUAAACUACUGUGUAUUUUGUAAGCAUUGCAAGCCAUUUGAUGGUCAUAAGGUAGCGUACAAUUACCGUAUUUUUUGCUCUAUAAGACUCACUUUUUCCCUCCUAAAAAGUAAGGGGAAAUGUGUGUGCGUCUUAUGGAGCGAAUGCAGGCCACGCAGCUAUCCCAGAAGCCAGAACAGCAAGAGGGAUUGCUGCUUUCACUGUGCAGCGAUCCCUCUUGCUGUUCUGGCUUCUGAGAUUCAGAAUAUUUUUUUUCUUGUUUUCCUCCUCCAAAAACUAGGUGCGUCUUGUGGCCUGGUGCGUCUUAUAGAGCGAAAAAUAUGGUAAGUUUAUAUGUGAAUAGAUGCGGCAAUGAAUCAUUACCCCAAUCAAGAUGUCCAUGUGUGUCUCAACGCACACCUAGAGCUGUUCCAUUCAUCUGUGGCGCAGCACCUCAGCAAACAGAAAGAGAUGUGCACGGAACUCUCAAUGAAAAUGUCUAGGGAAGUUCUGUAGACAACAUUAGAGCUCAUUACUCAAGAGCAAAUUACUGGUUCAAGAUCAAGUGUCUUGUGAUUUCGACGUAGAACAUUUUUCCUUAUCUUGUUCAAGAGAGAGAUCAAAACAAUACCUUUUUAGUCACCAUUUCCAGGUGGAAUCUCUGUAAUUUCAAAGUUUACAAUAACUCUCUUGCCAAUGCUCAAUAUGUGAACCCUCGGUGUCUUUCACAACCUUAAAAGUCAGAAAGAUUCCUCAGCCAAUGUAAUAUAGAAUCCUGGAAGCAGAUACAGAAUUUUCAUUUCACUAGUGAUGUGAACUUCACAAGUGUCCUUGGUUGUAUUUCUCAACAUGUUUUGCACUGGUGUAACAGUUACUCUUUGGUUAUACACUGAAGCUCCACUUCAUAAAUAUCUGGCUGUACUUUCCCUCCUAAGCCUUUUUUGCUUUAAAUUUGUAUUUUGGUAAUGUUUCAUCAAUGCAUGUUUAUAAUUUACAUUUUGUUAACUCACUGACUGUGAUGCACUUAGAGGUUAUUUCAGUGGCUUAUUAAGAUGUCUUACAAACUGAUGUAACAUGUGAGUCUUAUAUUUGAGAUAGUGUUGUUGCCAUGUUGUUCAUAGCAAGCACUAGAUGCAAAGCAAAUCAUUUAGAGACUGCUACAGCUUCACAUACCCUCAUCAACAGAAAGACCUGAUAGUUUAUCCCACUUUGUGUACCAUACCAGGCCAGCAUAAAGUCAUAGAAAUCAUUCUGAAAGAGAUGCUUUAUACUCACAGCUGCCUUUCUCCUAGCUUUUCUGCCUUAAAAUAAAAAAUCCUCCAAAUAAUUUGAAAUUUGGAUGCUGAAAGUACCCUAAGGACUUUGUUGUGUGUGUGUGAAAGAAUAAAUUGUGUAUAGUUGUACACACAGUUUCUAGUGUGGUACUGGCAGAAAUGGCAGCAUGAACAUCACCUUUGUAAUAUUCUUGUUUUGAUUUUUUGCCGUUCAUAUACAGCAAUUCCCUACAAAGUUAAUUGCCAUAAUCAUUUGCAUAUGUUUCAGUUGAAAUGUUUGGUACAAAAGGCAGCAAUUUUACUUGGAAUGUUAUCUGUUUGGAGAACGCAUGCCAAUUUCCUUUGCUAGUUUUGGGAGCAUGUGGAUUAAGUGGGGUAAGCAUUGUCUUCUGCUUCUCACUCGUGUCCCUCCGCAACUGAAGAGUCAAAAGAAUCUUCAUCGUGAAUGUGGAAAGCUGUAAUAAAUAAAAUGAGAUGUCACAAAAUAUUUCAUUCUGAAAUCUCAGGUGCAUAUCCAGAAUCCAAUUUAUAAAAGCCUAUUAAGAGCUGCACGAAGGAUAAUCUAUCACUUGUAGGACCAAUGAUAAGGGCUAAACUAGUAAACAUACUAAACAUAUGGCCAUUAAAAAAAAAUAUUACAAGUUCAUUCAACCUUAUCAGAACUGAUGUGAUAAUAGUAUUAUAAAUCAAAAUGUGUAACAUUUGGAAUAAUCUACUUAAGAUGUCCUACUGUCAACAAUAGAGUUUUAUCUUGUUCCUCUUCUCUUCUGCUGUAUUCUUUAUGGUUAUGUCUUGUAAAUAAACUAUUGUCUGUUUUGAUUC